GGUUUAAUCCCCGCCCUUGCCGCCUCCUCCUCCUUUCUCGGCCCUGACGCCGUAGCGGUCGCACUUCCCGUGCCCCCGCCGCUCCCGCCAUUCCCGCCUGCGACCCCCGGACCGCACCCCGAGCGGAACCCAGACCAUCAGGAUGCGCUACGUGGCUGCCUAUCUUUUGGCCGUUCUUGGCGGCAAUGACUCCCCCAACUCCAAGGACCUGAAGAAGAUCCUAGACAGCGUCGGCAUCGAGGCGGAUGAGGAGCGGCUCAAGAAGGUCAUUGGCGAGCUCAGCGGCAAAAACAUCGAAGACGUGAUCGCACAGGGGAGCAGUAAGCUGGCCUCCAUGCCGGCCGGGGGAACCGUUGCCGUCGCUGCCAGUGCCGGCUCUGCUGCCCCAGCUUCUGGGGGUGCUGCUCCUGCUGCUGAGGAGAAGAAGGAAGAAAAGAAGGAAGAGUCAGAGGAGUCCGACGACGACAUGGGUUUUGGGCUCUUUGACUGAGCACCGGCAGAUCUUGUGCGAAUAAAUCUUUUAUUUAAGAAA